AUGAGUAAAAGAAGAAUAGAUGAGUUAUCCAAUGGGGAAUCACACAUUUCCGAUGCGGAUAAUGAGUCAGCUUCUGCUCAGACAGCAGAGAUUGCUCAACAGAUGGUUCAUUAUGAAGAUGAUGCGGACCAACCUACGAGUGAACCCCGGCAGAAGAAGUCCACUGUGGCGAACCUUUCGGCUCAGGAUAUUCAGAUAGCAAGGGAGACAGCCGAGUUAUUCAAGUCUAACAUUUUCAAAUUACAGAUUGAUGAAUUGGUGAAGAACUUAAAAAUCAAAGACUCUCACAUCAAAGUGAUAGAAAAAGUAUUACACAGGUUACACCAUAUCAUUCAGCAGGUCCCAGAAGUGGAAAACUUGACGCUGAAAGAUGUUGAAUCUUAUUUUCACGUUUCUAGCAAUAAGGUGGCCGUGCCUUUCCCCGAUCCUAAACCAUUUCAUCCUAACUAUAAGUUUUCAUUCCUGCAACCCUCUGAUGUGUCUUUGAUUGGAUCUUUUGGUCUGAAAACUGCCAUUCGACAACCAGAAGGCAGUGUCAUUGAUAUGUCAAUUACUAUGCCAUCAAAAUUGUUUCAUUCAAAGGACUAUGUAAAUUAUCGUGCAUUUCACAAGAGAGCCUUUUAUAUUGGCUACCUGGCUGACCAACUUGUAACACUAUCCCAAGAGCACUACCUCCCCAUUAAGAUAUCAUAUGAAUAUGUUAAUGGUGAUAAACUAUGUCCAGCUAUACGCGUUGAAAGCAUCACUCCAGACCAACCUAAUCCUGAACAUCUGGUUUUUGAGAAAACCAAGUUCUCCAUCCGAAUUAUCGUAGGAUUUGAACUGGGUCUCUUUGAAGGAAAGAAACUACUUCCAGAUAAGAAUUGCAUAAAAGUUCAGUCUCCAACAGAUCAAGGAUCGAAAAUGUAUGGCGAUCACGACAGUAUACAACUCACCCCAACUCCAUUGUACAAUUCUUCUCUUUUGUCUUCUACAACAUAUUCGCACUACUUAAAGCUGUUGUAUACAGCAAAGAAAACCACAGAGAGCUUUAGGGAUGCUUGUGUACUUGGAAAACUAUGGUUACGACAAAGAGGCUUUUCGUCACAUUUCAAUGAAGGUGGAUUUGGUCAUUUUGAGUUCGCCAUACUGAUGACUGCAUUAUUACAAGGAGGUGGACUCACUAGUAACAAGAUUUUGUUACAUGGAUUUUCAAGCUACCAGCUUUUCAAGGGAACGAUCAAGUAUUUAGCGACCCAAGAUCUUAUGGACGAAGGUUAUCUUUCUUUUACUUCUGCUAUUGGAGAGACGUCAUCUAAAUACAAGCCUGAUGGGUUCCAUGUUCCCACAAUUUUCGAUAAGAACACAAAAAUAAAUAUCUUAUGGAAAACCACUAAAUGGUCAUAUGAGACUUUACGAAGACAUGCACAGCAGACCCUUGUGGCCUUGAAUGAUUUAGUGUAUGAUAGAUUUGACUCCGUCUUUUUGCAACAAUGCAGAACACCCAGCUUAACUUACGAUUUAACGAUCAAAAUACCAUUGGCAGAAUUGGAUCAUGAGAAAAAUUUUGGUCCUCUGGAGAAGAUCUCAUUUAUUUCAUUUGAGAAUUUCAUAAAGAGUAAGAUAUACGCCAUUUUGAAAAGAGGAUUAAUGGACCGUGUUACGGAUAUCUCCAUUUGGAUAGAAAACUUGAUAACGACAUUCUCAAUUCAUAAACGUAAGGCCGGAGGACCUUCCGAGGGUAGAAACAUAGUCAUUGGACUCUUGUUGAAUCCACUGGAAUGCGAGAGAUUGGUUACUAAAGGCCCGGACAACGAAGACGAGGUCAAUGGAGCGAAGUUCAGACAGUUUUGGCAGUCGAAGGCCUCUUUGCGAAGAUUUAAAGAUGGUACCAUUCAAAAUUGUUGCAUAUGGGCAAGCUCAUCGUCAGAGCCUGUAGUCCUGUCGAUCAUAAAAUUUCUUUUCGAUUUACAUCUGUCAUCUAAUACCGAGACAAGCAUUUCAAGCCACUUAGUCAGCAAUAUCUCCGAGUUUCAGAGUUAUGUGCCAUUGCCUUCCCUGCCAGCAUCUACAAAGCAAUCAAUAAUCUCAACUGCAGCAUUUCAAAAUUUGAACAAUUCCUUUGAUGAAUUAUGCAAGAUUUUGUACAGUUUGGAAUUGCCAUUAAGAAUCAAAUCAGUUAAUCCUGCCUCGCCAAGCUUGCGUGCGACUUCGUUACUCCAGCCUGUUCCAUUUGCUGUUUCCAAUCCAGAUUUUUUCAAUGAGGUGAUAGUACAAUUUGAAUCCUCUACUAAGUGGCCAGAUGAAUUGAUUUCUCUAGAAAAAACUAAGAGUUCUUUCUUGAUUCGAACUUUGGAGGUUUUGCAAGGUGAAACAAAUUAUCAAGGUUUCAUAACUAAGGAUGAGUCGGUUCCUUUAAACUACGCAGUAACCCUCCUAAACAUUUUAACACCACAAGGAUACGGCUUUAGAAUACGAGUAUUGACAGAACAUGACGAAAUCUUAUAUUUGAGAGCUAUCGAGAAUGCAGACCACAGACAAAGACCCAUCCUUAGAGAUACUUACCUCCGAUUUACUCAGAAAUAUAUUGGAUCCAUGAAACACCACAGAACAAUGAACACACUUGCUUUCCAUUUCCCUUUUUUCUCACCCACAGUUCGAUUAUUCAAGAGGUGGAUGGACUCGCAGCUGUUGUCAGUUCAUUUUCCUCAAGAGUUCGUUGAACUUCUGGCCAUAAAAGUAUUCGUGGACCCAGCUCCUUAUUCAGUUCCAAGUAGUGUCGAAUCAGGGUUUCUUAGAAUUCUACAGUUUUUGAGUCAAUGGAAUUGGAAAGAAGAACCACUGAUCUUAGAUUUGUCAAAACCAGUAGACGACUCAAGCUUAAACCCUACUACCGAGAAUGGCACAAGUUAUAUUGACAAAUUGAAAGACAAUUUAGACGUUCAAACAUAUCAGCUCAUCAACACAAAUUUUGACAAGCAACGUAAAACGGACCCCACAGCCAUGAAAAUGCAGUUUUUUGUUGGUUCAAAGGAUGACAAUUCCGGUAUAUUAUGGACCAAUGAUAUCAGCUUACCUGUAGCAACCAGAUUGACGAGCUUGGCAAAAGUAGCCACUAAUUUGGUAAUGAAAGGUGAACUGAAUCAUAAAAGCAUCAAGCUACUGUUUACUCCUGCCUUGGCAGACUAUGACUUUGUGAUUAAGGUCCAGACAGAAGAUCUAGUAUCCUCUAGUGGAAUUGCAGAGGCCAAGGUUUUUGCCAAUGUGGUUAACGGAAGAACUUCUUAUCCUGAUGAUAUUACCUCUAAGAUGGAUCCUAUCCAAUGGUAUGUGGAUGAGUUGAAUGACAAAUUCAAGGGUCAAAUAAUCUUUUCUACCAAGAGAUUUACCAGUUUAAAUAAAAAGGGAUCGAAUGUCGUGACUGGAUUAUUCAACCCUUCCACAGUUGCAAAGAGGAAGUUCAAAGUGUCAUCGGCUUACAACUGUAAACCUGUGGAGGAAACAGAGCAUGUGACCUUUAACAAAGAAAGUGCGCUUAAUGAAAUAGUAGCCCUUGGAGGCGAUUUGGUGGUUGAAGUUGUUUUGAAGUAA